CCUUUACCUACUAUCAAUGUGCAAAAGACUGGGAUUCUGAUGUAGCAAAGCUACUCGUAUUCAGCCCAUUGUAUACCAAACUCGGCGUACACAGCAAACAUUUGUUUCUUGGCACAUCUUCUCCGUCCAAUUGCGCCGUUGUACAAUAUAUACUGUUGGAUACCUAUUCCAAGAUGAAGCAUAUUAUUGCCGUUGGUAAUUAAUUGUGGCACAGCUCAUCUGUCCUAUCACAUGCGCCUCAAAUAAUAAUAAUAAUAGGAAUUGAAAAAUCCAGUUCACUGGCACGAGGUGUAGCGCGGUACAACCCAAAUCUCCUUACAAAAAAGAACCAAGCUGCAACUUAGAAAACACCACGAACUGUCCAGGCCUUCUUCCGUAAUUCAAUUCUAUCGAUUCGACAUGAAGUCUCUCUCAAUCGCACUUGCGCUAUCAACAGCGUACGCGCGCGCUCAAGACCUUAAGCAAACCAUUGUUGGCUGCGUCGACUUAGAAUGCCCAGCCAGCAGCGCGGCUCCCGCAGACGACAACUGCACGGUGUCCGACAAGUCAUUCAGCUACGUCGGUCUCACUCGCAUUCCCACUGAGAACAAGGACCUCGAGGGCAAGAUAUCUUGGACCAAAGGCUUCAACGUCAUUAACACCGCCGAGGACGGAAGGACAUUCGACAGUGUCUUCUACUUCGGCACAACACCUGACCUCGAUCUAGGGGAUACCGGUGCCUGCGCCGUGUUUCUUCACGGCAUUGAGAAUGAACUCUCUUUCGACAAAGUCAAUGUUAAUGUAGAGACUGCGCAAGGGACGUGUUCCGAUGCAAUGGGACCAGACUGCGUAAAUGCUCUCGUGGAGCGCGCAAAGAAGCUGUUUAACAACUUCGAGGGCGACACUCCCACCAGUGAAGAGGCAUGUUCCAAGCUCAAGGACGAUCUACAGAAAAACAUCGACGACGCCUGCGCGUCUAUUACGAAGGAACCCUGGACCAACGUCUCCGUUUCCGCACUCUCAGGGGAAGCCGCAUAUAAGCCACUAUCGGGCGACAAGAACUCCUCGUCCACGUGCUGGCCGGUUCUCCCCAAGGAAAACCAGUUGACUCUCGCAGGCGAAUAUCAGACACAGGGAAGCGAUAAAAUCGAUGAAAUACAGAAAGCAUUGUACAGCGUCACGCCCAUUUUGACGGUCUUCUUCCCAACGGGGAAGCAGAGCAUUGUUUCCGAGGUGGAUGCGUCGCUGUCGUGUCUCAAGGUCGUCGGACCUUCGAGGGCGUCCGCCGACGCGAUGGAUGAUGGCUCGGGAGACCCUGAUAAUGGUGUUUCUAAGACCAUGCCAUCUCAUUCGGCUUUGUUUGGUCUGAGUGUGGGGGUUAUGGCUGCAGCAUUGUUGCUGUGAGACUUGGCCGAUUAUACCUCGCGACGACUUGUGAUUAGAUUUUAGAAUUGCCUUCAGAGUAGCAAGGAUAUCCUACGCCAACCUAAUUCUCGGCGACUCGUGGAAAGACUACCUAUACCCUCAUAAUUAUCACAUGAUUUGUAACUUAUUUCUUGUCAGUAGAUGUAUUUAGAUGUCACGAUUCUUCUAUGGUUCUGAGCCU